AUGGCGGAUCCUCCGCUGAGCGCGGAGCCCGCCGCGCCGCCGCCCGCGGCCGGGGAACUGCAGUACCUGGAGCAGGUGCGGCACAUCCUGCAGCGCGGCCACCGCAAGGACGAUCGCACCGGCACCGGCACCGUGUCCGUGUUCGGCGUGCAGGCCCGAUACAGCCUCCGAGAUCAGUUUCCUUUGCUGACAACAAAACGAGUAUUCUGGAAAGGAGUGCUGGAAGAGCUGCUUUGGUUUAUCAAGGGCUCUACAAAUGCUAAAGAGCUCUCCGAAAAGGGAGUCAAGAUUUGGGAUGCCAAUGGAUCACGCGAGUUCUUGGAUAAACAAGGUUUCACCCACAGAAUGGAAGGGGAUUUAGGACCUGUUUAUGGUUUCCAAUGGAGACAUUUUGGAGCGGAAUAUAAAGAUAUGAAUACAGAUUAUUCAGGCCAAGGAGUUGACCAGCUGCAGAAGGUAAUUGAUACAAUCAAAAACAAUCCAGAUGACAGAAGAAUCAUUGUGUGUGCUUGGAAUCCUAAAGAUAUUUCCUUGAUGGCUUUACCCCCCUGCCAUGCUCUCUGCCAAUUCUAUGUUGUAAAUGGUGAGCUUUCUUGCCAGCUGUAUCAGAGAUCUGGAGAUAUGGGACUAGGAGUGCCUUUCAACAUUGCCAGUUAUUCACUGCUCACGUACAUGAUUGCUCAUGUGACAGGCCUAAAGGUUGGUGAGUUCAUACACACGCUAGGAGAUGCUCACAUAUACUUAAAUCAUAUUGAACCUUUGAAAGUUCAACUCGAGAGAGAACCGCGACCUUUCCCAAAACUCAGAAUUCUUCGUAAAGUUGAAAACAUCAAUGACUUCAAAGUAGAAGAUUUUAAGAUCGAAGACUAUAAUCCCCACCCAGCUAUUAAAAUGGAGAUGGCUGUUUAAUGCAUGUAACUGUUUGGAACACUUGCAUUUAACAGUGUGGAUUUUAAUUGGGGGGAGGGGGAAAAAAGAGAGAGAGAGAGAGUGUGUGUGUGUGUGUGUGUAUGUGCAUGCAUGCAUGCAUGCAUGGGGCUGGGGGGAGGGGGGAAACCAGAAACAAACACCAUGAAUUAUUCCCUCACUCAUGAGAUUUUUUGGAUUGAAGUGAAACUUAAGUGUUGAGAGUGCUAACUUUUUCCACUAUUUACUAGUCAUGUAUAAGUGUGGAAAUAUUCAAGUUACAUUUUGUUGGUUCUAGGCUGCAUACUAUUUCUACUGUAUAUAAAUCGUUUAGGAAGUGCAUUGAUUCUGCUGUGGCUUAAUUUAGCAUUUUAACUAAUAUUUACUUUACAGCUGUUCUUAGCACUGUAGUCUCCAAUGAGACCACAGAGAUGUUAGUUGUUCUUAGUAUGUAUCUACAUUGAAUGUUUAUACAUUAAUAUGUUAAAAAUAAAAACUUAUUUCUAAAGAAAAGUAUGGUUUUACCUUUUG